GUUAGGUAAACAAACAGGAGAGGAGAGGAAACGAGCAGCAGCAGGCACUUUGCUGGCUCCGGGCUCCCUCGGGGAACAUUUUAUAUUGUUUAUAUCCACUUUUUGUAAAACAUUUAAUAUCGUGUUUCCUACGUACUUUUACUACUUUGAUACACUGGUUUUCUAACAGCGGAACCUGGCAAGGAUUGGCUGUAGCUUGCCAGCUUGGAAACACUGGAUAUUUCUUCCCCCCUCUCCUCUCGGCAAAGGCAGCCGAAAACACUGAACAAGAUAAUAACACGACGUUUUUGUUAAAGUGUAAUUCAGUGUAGUGAUAACCGAUGCACUGUCUUCCCGGUAUUUAAAGCGACCUUCCGUUGGUGCUGUUUGCGAAGCUAACGUUAACGGCGGUUAACGGCUCAGGGAAGAAUGACGGCCGUUCAGCUGAUAAAUAUCCAACGGUUACUGGAAGCUGCGGAAUAUCUAGAAAGGAGAGAAAGAGAGUGUGAACACGGAUAUGCUUCGACAUUUCCAUCAAAUCAGAACACAAACUUCCAGAGGCAAAGAAAAUUCCGAAAUAAGAAGUUCAACAGUAACCACAAUAGGUCCACACAUAAUGAGCUGGAGAAGAAUAGACGAGCUCACCUGCGGCUGUGUCUGGAGCGGUUGAAGGCCCUCAUACCCCUGGGACCCGACUGCAACCGUCACACAACCCUGGGCCUGCUCAACAAAGCCAAAGCACACAUAAAGAAACUUGAAGAGGCAGACAGGAAGAGCCAGUACCAGCUGGAGUCUCUGGAGCGCGAGCAGAGGCACCUCCAGCGCCAGCUGGAGCUGCUGAGGGGAGGCAGUGGUGCUGCAACCCAGAGCAGCCCGGGGGAGGGGGAGAGGAUACGCAUGGACAGUGUGGGCUCCACCCUCUGCUCCGACCGCUCUGACUCCGACCAAGAGGAGAUCGAGGUGGACGUGGAAAGCACGGAGUUCUCCCAUGGAGAGCUGGACAGUGUGAGCACAGCCAGCACCAGCGACCUGGACGACCACAGCAGCCUGCAGAGCAUGGCCAGCGACGAGGGCUACUCCUCCUGCAGUGUCAAACUUGCCUUCUCCUCCUAGAGCCCCACACGGCCACCACCUCCCUGCCAAACCCACCUGUACCUCCCAUCUGUUUAUCCAUCCAGCCAUGCCUACAUACAUACACCCAGUCACCUCCAACGGCGGCCACGCCCCCAGCUAAUGGCGUUCUUGUCGCUCCUGCCUCUCAGCAGCGCCCCCUCCUCCUUGCUCCUAGCCUUUGGUUGCACCCACUUCUCCUCCUGCGCUGCUGAACCCACUGUCCCACUGUUGGAGGAGCUCCACUUAGAGCUCCUUCUCACCUCUGAACUUUGAGCCGCCCCGACCGACACCAGGGACCCAAACACAGUGAUGUGAGACUGCCAGUUGGUUUACGGAGAUCAGAGACUUGGUUGAUAGAUAAAAGCAUAAAUCAUCUUAAUUUUUAAUGAUUGAUUUUAUGUGUUUUAUUUCCUCAAACUGUCAAAUUUCUGAAUUUUUUAAAGAUAUACAACCCCUAUUUUGAUCCAAAAUGCACUUAAAUUCUUAUCAUAUUGAAAUAAUUCAGAGUUUCUGUUCGGUUCUCUCCUGUGUGGGUGUGUAUGUGUGUAUGUGUGUGUGUGUGUGUAUGUGUGUAUGUGUGUGUGUGUUGAGCUGGUCCUGUGUACCCAUAUUAACGUUCUGGUGUUGGGCCUGGAUAAACGGGAGCACAUCUAAUCUGGACUAGAAUGAACACUGUGGGUGAACUUUGCCAUAUCAACACAGCUUGGCCCUGAAAAACGUCCCUUCGGCCCCGAAUUUGAUCCUUUGUCUUAUUGUUUUUUCAUUACCUCUGCUUGACACUGCAAAAGUUCCGACACUCGAACUGGUGCUAUUGUGAAACAAACCAACGGGGAAACAGAUCAGAUCCACCACCACUGAGCUUUUAAAGCAAACAAAGUGUGUCUGCCGUGAUUGUUUCCAACCAAGGUCGGAGGAAGACAACCACAAAAAAAUUGAGGAAAAAACAAAAUAACAUUCCUGUUGAAUGUGGGUGCUCAGAGAGUGGAAAUUGUAACUUUGUGUGUGUUUUGUUUUGGUUUCUUUCCCUCCUCGACAAGCAGCUACAAAAAGCUAUCCUGCACUUGCCUACUUUAGAGCUGUCCAUAGAAACGGCACAAACCAAGAAGUGGAAAAAAAAACCACACAAAAAAAACAACAGCAACAAGGAAAAAGUCCAAACAACAAACUUUGGAAUAGACGUCCAUCCUCUUUCCAGCAGUAACAAGCAAUAACUCUUGUAGUCUUUUUUUGUCUCGUCAGUUUGAACUCCUUCCCCCCUUUUUCUUUUUCUUUUCUCCCCCUAAAGACUGUGUGACCGUCCAAAAAGCAAACUUUCUUUUUUUUUGUAAAUACAUAUAGUUUAAUGAAUUAAACUUUAAAAAAGAGUUUUUAAAAAAAAGGUAGAGCUCAUGGUAACUAUUGCCUCUGUUGCUGUUUGACCUGUGUUUAUUGUGGAUUUUCCAUACAUUUUUUGGAAAGAUUUUAUCCUCUUCAGAGUGGCAGCGGAUGCGGGAUGGACACUAUUAAUUUGUUCAGUUUUGCUGGCGGAAACAUUGAAAAGUUACUCAUUCUGUUGCUGCAGUGAGAAGGAGAAGUUACUCCUGAAGCCUGAUUAAAAACGAUUGAACAACUUCCCACCCAGUUGCAGAAAGUAGGACUUCUGUUGGAGAAUGUUGAGUUUGUGUGGCACUCUUUUUAUUUAUUAGAUUUGUUUUCCUCUUGUUUAUAAUGUUCAUGAAAGUGGGGGGGCUGUAUAUGGCAUUCCACUGGUGGUCAGGUGAUCUGUGGAGGAAAAGUGUGGGGAGAAGAAAACGGGUGUUAUGAUGUCAAUGUUCACCAUCGAGACUACACUGGCAUUAAGAAUUGCACUUCAA